AUGGAUGACCUCAACGGGCUGAGCUGGUCCUCCAACUCAAACACCCCACCCAGCAAACCACCUCCAAUGUCUGCAGGCAUGAUGUUUCCUAACUUCCGUCAAGACAGCGCCUCCGGCAGAUCAACCCCCCUGUCUAUAGCGUCAAAUCGAUCCAAUUCACCAUCAAAACCCGCCCCCUCCACCGGAGACAGCUUCGCGAACUUGGUGUCGUUUAAUUCCUCCGCCGCCAACAAGAACCUUUCUCUGCUCGAGCAACAGAAGCUACUAGAAGCCGAGAAGGCAAAGAAAGAGGCCGACAAAAGAAGUCAUUUCGAGUCGCAAUAUGGGGGUCAGAACUCGCAAUUUUGGGACAGCUUCGAACAAGGCCGUACCCGAAGCCCUGCAGGAGGAACGCUGUCGCAAUCUGUCGCACCCCCCGCGGACGACGAUGAUUUGCUAGCUGCAUUCAAUGCGAAAGCACCGGUUGAUGCGUCAACAAAUUUUCCCAUCCCUAGCGCCUCUCCAUCACCUCGAAUCGGUACGAAUACACCGCAAGGAUCAAAUGGCGGAGGAAUUAUGAUGCAGGACAACACGGCUGGAAUGGAUGCAUUCGAUGAUGAUGAUCCAUUUGGUCUGCGCGAAUUGAAAGCGAAAUCGGCUUCCCGUCCUGCACCCGCACCAGCGCAAGACGAGGAUGAUGAUUUCCUUGGAUUGCUGGGCAAGCCAGUGUCGGAGGUACCACGUCAACAGGUGGCACCACCGGAAAGAAGAGCAUCUCCUCGCCGUGACCGAGAGGAAAGUGAUUCAUCGCCUAUGCCAUCAAAUGAAGUGGACCGGGCUAUCGCAGAGUUAGUUGAUAUGGGAUUCCCGGCAGACAAAGCUCGCCAGGCCCUCAAAACCACUCCGUCGGGUACUGAUGUACAAGCCGCUGUUGGUUGGCUCUUGACAACAGCGCACGCCGAGGCUCGACAAAAGUCACAGGGACAAUCUCCGGCUAACGGUCACCCCAAUGAACGACCAGAACGAGGUCAAAGCCGUAAUCGGGAAGCACCAUCCUGGAUGAGUGAAGGGAGAUCGCGCAAUGACAGCCGGAGUCCUGCCGCUGGCGAGAGAGACCCGGCUCAAAUGGCACAACAAUUUGGCACCAACUUUUUGAAAACAGCGGGUUCGCUGUGGAAAACGGGCAGCAAGAAGUUUCAGCAAGCUGUGAAUGAAUUCAAUACAGAAAACGACUCAAGUCAGCCCAAAUGGAUGAGGGAUGCGGCUGCUCCUCGUGAGGAGUCAUUUUCUCAGCCACAACCCACCCGCCGAAGCGAUAGAUCAGGUCAACUGCAAGGGCAACAAAACGCCGCAGAAUUUACAGAUGAAGCAAUUCUGCUUGAUUCAGGAGAUUCGCGCCCUCGUCAACCGCCGCGGCCAACUCAAUCCGCCCAAGGAGGUCGCGAUCUCCGCCCCCAGCCAUCUCCUCCGGUUGGUCAACACAUGCAGCCACCCAAUUUUCUUCAACGACCGCCCAGUUCCCAGGAACCGAAAUCCCGACUCUCACGAUUUGCCGCUGAAGAGGAAUCCGCGCAAAAUUAUGUCAGCCCAGCAAGACGCAAGCGGGUCCAGCCCCAAGCGCCGCCAGCGGCAGCAGAACCCGAUGUCGAUCUCUUCGCUUCUCCUAUUCCUACACCUAACCGAUCCAACCCCAUACCCCAAUCUAAGUCUGCCCCACCACCUCCUGCACGCUCGGCAUCUAUUCCUGUACGGCCCAAAGCUCCACCACGUCCUGUCCCUCCUGUCUCCCCAGAGGCUCUCCAAUCCACUCACCGCCACCGUGAGAAAGCAGCAGAGUCAUACAAGCGGGGCGACUAUGCAGCUGCACACCAAAGCUUCUCUACUGCCCUUGGCAUGCUCCCUGACAAGCACCCAAUCACCAUCGUGAUCCGCAGCAACCGUGCCAUGACGGCUUUGAAGACCGGUGAACCCAAGACUGCGAUCGACGACGCCGAUAUCAUUCUGAAUGUGAUCGGACCAUCAAAGGGCGAAGAUGAGCUCAUUGAGUUAGGAAAUGGCGAGCCCGCCAAGCCCAUGAAAGACUUUUUUGGCAAAGCAUUGAUGCGCAAGGCUGAGGCUUUGGAACAGCUCGAGCGUUGGGGCGAUGCCGCGCAGGCAUGGAAGCUGGCGGUGGAGUCAGGCCAUGGUGGAAGCACCAGUAUUCAAGGUCGAAACAGAUGCGAGAAAGCUGCUGGGAUCAGCAAGCCGCCGUCCAAACCGCCAGUCCCCGCCAAGAAAAGAGCACCCCCUGCGCCCAAGAAGGUCUCUGCAUUGUCGGAUCUCUCGGGCGGCUCGAGCUCUGGCCAGGACUCGGAAGCUGUCAGCCGUCUGCGUGAAGCUAAUCAAGCUGCCGAGCGCGCUGACCAAGAGAAGUUUGCCCUCACAGACAGCGUUGACGCGAGGAUUACAGCCUGGAAAGGCGGGAAGCAGGAUAACUUGCGUGCGCUUUUGGGCAGCUUGGAUGCGGUGCUAUGGCCCGAGGCUGGCUGGAAGAAAAUCGGCUUGUCAGAGCUGGUCUUGCCGAACAAGGUGAAAAUUCAGUAUAUGAAGGGUAUUGCUAAGGUACACCCUGAUAAGAUUUCUACCACGGCCACUACAGAGCAGCGCAUGAUUGCUGGUGCGGUGUUCGGAACCCUGAAUGAGGCAUGGGACAAGUUUAGGUUGGAGAAUAACCUAUGA